GGAAACACUCAGUGCGGUACGUAGCAGUGGCUAGUAACCUAACCAGCACCGACUACUGUGCAGAAGAAGUCAAGGGAGGGUUAUCACAUUCAUUUUAACACUGAGAGGAAAAUUUCCAUUUGACAAGAUAUUGAUGUCAUAUUGUGGAACCCAAAACGGCGGCCGCCGCAGCAAAUGGGACCAGCCCGGCCCUGGCUCUGGUGGGAUGGGGGAGGCAGAAGCUGCACCCACCGGGGCUCUGGAUGCUGCAGCUGCGGUGGCUGCCAAGAUCAAUGCUAUGUUGGUAGCUAAGGGCAAACUCAAACCCUCCCAGAUAGGCAUCCCGGGACCACCUGAUAAGUCUGUAUGUAUUGGGAAGCCGCCAGUGCCAACAAAGGCCAAAGAUGACUUGGUCGUAGCUGAGGUUGAGAUCAAUGAUGUCCCAAUUACCUGUCGUAAUCUGCUAACACGCGGACAAACGCAGGAUGAAAUCAGUAAAGUUAGCGGCGCUGCAGUUUCAACCAGAGGCCGUUACAUGACAGCAGAAGAGAAGGGCAAAGCGCUACCAGGGGAUCGACCUCUAUAUCUGCAUGUCCAAGGACAGACUAGAGAGCUCGUCGACAGGGCAGUUAAUAGAAUCAAGGAGAUCAUCACCAAUGGUGUGGUGAAGGCUGCAACUGCCUCGUCAUCUUCUUCACCCUUCUCCCCUAGUGGGGCAUCAGUCACAGUUUACCAGCAGCACAACCCGCCUCCUCCUUCACUGCCCCCCAUGACCCACCACAAACCACACUUUCAGUCCGGGAUGCAUUAUGUUCAAGAUAAAAUCUUUGUGGGCCUGGAGCACGCUAUCCUCGGGUUUGUGGUCAAAGAGCGGGUUGAGGGCCCCGGCUGUUCGUACCUGCAGCACAUUCAGGCUGAGACUGGGGCCAAAGUCUUCCUUAGAGGAAAAGGAUCAGGCUGUUUAGAGCCUGCCUCUGGACGAGAGGCCUUUGAACCCAUGUACAUCUACAUUAGUCAUCCUAAACCAGACGGACUCGCGGCAGCAAAAACCUUGUGUGAGAACCUGCUUCAGACGGUUCAUGCAGAGUAUUCUCGUUUCCUCAAUCAAAUGAGCUCAAUGAUGCCAACACAACAAGGCUUUGCACAGCCUCCAGUGGUGAAUGGGAUGCCUCCGCAGCCUCCUUACUACCCCCCUGCUGGAUACCAGCCAGGCUACGCCAUGCCUGUACCACCACCUCAGCCACAACCUGUCUCUCUACCUUACACUAUCCCACCUCCUAUACAUCCCGCUGCACCUGCAGGUGUGCUUCCUCAGUAUUCCCUCCCCCCUGCCCCUGCCCCUGCUCCCGCUCACACCCUCGCUCCAGCUCCUGCCGCAGCUUCAGGCACUAUGCCACAGACUCUUCCUCCUGUACCUUUUCCUCCAUCAGCUGCAGCGCCACCCAAAGCUCCACCUCCUGCCGCUCCAGUCAACCCACCACAGAAAAGACGUUUCACAGAGGAGAUCCCAGACGAGAGGAACAGCGGCCUACUCGGAUACCAGCAUGGACCCAUUCAUAUGACUAAUUUAGGUGCAGGCUUCCCAGUGGGCGGCCCAGAGACUACAGGACCCCCACCACAGAGUUCCUCUGGCCCACCGAGUGAGAGGGACAGUAGGCAGCUAAUGCCUCCACCUCUGCUGCCUGUGAAUGGAGCGAGACCCAAGAUGGAGGAAAAAAGGGCACCGCAAGGCCCCGUGGAGCCCUCAGUGAAGAGAAUGAAAACUGGUUUGGUGGCGUACGCUGGCGACUCCUCUGAUGAAGAGGAAGACCACUCAACCUCCAAAGCCUCAGGGCCAGGUAACCCUGGGGCAGUUCUCCCCCACUCCACCUCCUCAGGCUGGACACAGGGCUACCGCUGCCCUCCUCCACCUCCCCCUCGUGCUAAGACACAGCCACAGCAGCAGUCUAUGCCCUUCUGGAUGGCACCCUAAAACUCCCUCAGUGCUUUGUGCCGAGUCUUACAGGAUGUUGACCUAAACUGAGCCUUUCAUUUUCCACCACUCAUCACAUGGAUGACUCUGCUACAUGUUGGUUGCAGCAUUAUUUUAGUACAUGGGUCCAAAUGGACAUAUUAAUGUUUUGGGAAACUACAGUUUGUUUCUUUUGGUGCACACAUUAUAGUUUGAAGAUAAACAUUUGCAGGACUGAUACUCAAACUAUUUUGUGCAUGUAUAGAUGGUCAGAUGAGCGAUAUUCUGCCUCCAGUUUUAUUUGGAAUGGUUUGAAAACAGAUGCCAGGUGACGUGUUUACUGAAUAUAGUGUCUUUGUAAAAACAAUAACACAAGGCAAUGAUGUUGCACAUGACUGACCACUUUUCAUUUUGUCCCUAGUACAGCUUUUUGUUACCCCCUUUUCUUUCCUUUUCCCUGUCCAGAUCAGUGACACCAUCCUUUCCUAUGCUGGUCUUUUUGUACAGAUCCUAUUGGACUAAUAUGUAGUAAAGCUAUGGAAUUUAUUUCAUGCUUUUAUGAAAUAAAUAAACUUAAUUUAU